GGAAAAGUUUUGCGUUUCCCAACAUCAACACCACAGCUGACUUUGAUUUUGUAACGAAAUAAAUUUAAUUAUUGUAAAGUAAAAUCCAAAUUCACAAAAAUGAUGCGCUACGAGGGAAAUGAAAAGCUAGCAGAUGAAACAGCAUGCGCUGGAGUCCGUGCCGAUUUAAAGAUGUGCCUACUAGAAAGUGAAUGCUGUAGACUGGACAAAAAAACACCGCGUCAAUGCUUGCAGGACAACAGUGUGCCGCCAGAGUGCCAAAUCCUGCGUAACACAUUUUACGAGUGCAAGCGUUCACUGCUCGAUAACAGACAACGUUUUCGUGGACGCAAGGGCUAUUAAUAAAAGUUCCUUAUUGCUUUAUUUGUAAACUUAAAACUAAAUAUAUGUAAUAAUUUUUUGAAAGAGUGAA